CCGUCGAAAGGAAGGGAGAUACGCAGAGCGUGCACGAGGCGACGACACCAGGCUGACGUCGGUGCUGAUCGUGCUGAUCGUAUCGUCGUCGGAGAAAGAGCACUGCGCCCCGUCCUCGUCGCCCUCGUGAUAACCAAGAAGCUCAGACUACUCGUACCGUGUACUGGUGAUCAAUGGAGGCGAUAGCCAGGAUCAGGUAUAUAUAACGACCCCCUAUCCUUCGCUCUCAUCGAUCAAUCGUCGAACUAUAUUCUCUACUUUUGCUAUCGACGUUAUAUCGUACACCGUUCACGUAUCACGUAUAACGUACAGCGUAUUCCGUAAUCCAUCCAACCCGUCCAACCCAUUCCCGCACAUCGAAUCGCAUCAUCGCCACCGCCUCCAAACACACCCCCGAAUCAAUCGACCAUGUCAUCCCUCCGCUCGACCCACAGUCACACACACGCCACAUCCACCUCGACGAUGGGCGUCUUACCUGCCACGACCGCCCUCGUCGACGGACCUUUCCCACCGGGAGGACAGGGAGGACAGGGACAGGGAGUCAAGGUGCUCGAUCUGGAGGGGGCGGCUCAUCAUGUCGAAGAUCUUUAUCCUGAUCCGGCUGUUUUGGCUACCUACUACGCAUCCCCGGACAAAUCCCUCCUCAAACCCAUCCCCUUGACCUGGGGCGCCCCCACAGCAACCUCCAGGGGCCCCCUAGUGGUCUCCCACAAACCUUCAGCGAUCGCUUACAGGAACGCUAUCGGCGCGCACUCGGGCUCGUACUCCAUCUACCGCGCUCUGGCUAUGGCGUUGAACACCCUCGACCCCGCCCACGUUCCCGAUUACACCAACACCCACCCGCCCUUUCCCGUCACGCCCAACCCCGCGUGGUUUGACCCGGGAAAGAUCGUCUCUCUGGAUCCUUGGGGACAUUUAGCGCAGACGGAGUUUGAGGAACAUAAUAAACGGGGGUUGGAUGUGAGGCCGACGAUCUCCUUGACAAAGGCUCAUAUCAAGAUGAGCGAGUUGGAUAGGGCUUAUCAGAGGGGGGAGAUCUUGCCGGAUGGCAAGGUCGUGCAUAAUUCGUUGCCCCGGGAAUCUCCUUUGGGAACCAGUAAAGAGAACAAAGACAGGAAAGAGGAGGACGCCGGGGUGGAAGUGACGACGAGUAAAGCGGCGGUGGAGCCCGUCUGGCAUUUACCUGGGAUGGCCGCGAGGUUCGGGAUCAGCGAGGACUUGUUGAGGCGGGCUUUGUUCGAGGAGACCGGCGGGAUGUACCCCGAACUGAUCACCCGGCCCGACCUCAAAGUCUUCCUCCCCCCCAUCGGCGGAUUGACCGUCUACAUCUUCGGUAACCCCCAACAUCUCCGAGACCCAACCAAAGAGCUCACCCUACGGGUUCACGACGAAUGCAACGGAUCCGACGUGUUCGGGUCGGACAUCUGUACUUGUCGCCCUUAUCUGAUCUAUGGGAUCGAGGAGGCCAUCAAGUGUGCGCAGAGGGGUGGGGUGGGGUUGGUCGUCUAUUUCCGGAAAGAAGGGAGGGCUCUGGGAGAGGUUACCAAGUACCUCGUCUACAACUCGCGCAAACGAACCGGAGAUACCGCCGACAGGUACUUCAAGGCGACCGAGUUGAUCGCCGGGGUCAAGGAUAUGAGGUUCCAAGCGUUGAUGCCGGACGUGUUGCACUGGUUGGGAGUGCAAAAGAUCGAUAACAUGAUCUCCAUGUCCGACAUGAAACACGACGCCAUCGUCUCCUCCGGCAUCCCCAUCCUCAAACGGUACGACAUCCCCGCCGAACUCUUACCCCCGGAUUCUCAAGUGGAGAUCGACGCCAAGAUCGCCGCGGGGUAUUUCAGCGCUCAGAAGCAGGUCAAGAUGGAGGACCUGCAUUUGACCGUGGGGAGGGCUUGGGAGGAUCUGGAGCAUUAAGAAGAGGGCCGAGAUUCUGAAUCAUCGCGCGCGCUUAGCGGCUUUGUUUCGGGGCAUUUCGAUCUCCUUUCUUUUCACGAUCACCGAACACGCACGCACACGACAUCAUCAUUCUGACGACGAUAUAGAUGGACAAUCCGGAAAGCUGCUCAUACUCUGUCAUCUCGUCCGAUCCCGUUGUACAUCACCAACCAAUUCACAUCACACCGCCCUUGUAUCCCAAAUCUCGUCCCACUUUGGGUCUCUCUUGAUUGUAAAUCGUCCUGUAACAUGACCCAUACGCUAUAGAUCUUGUCUUGCUGCAAACUUGGUCUGUGUACCGUGUGAUCAUAGCGAUGAGGACUCGCAGUGACCGCAUCCGUCGAGGGAUGAUGCGGUUGUUACCAAUCGUUGCGUCACGUUCGAUGACCGAGCGCAAGAGCAUGACCAACGUGUUCGCGUAACCCACCGAAGACCGAGGAGAGAGGAGAGCGGAG